AUGUCGAAGCAUACAAUGAGUAGGCGCGAAAUCCUGCGCGGCAAGCUCCAAGACCUUUUCCUUUCCGUUCGGGGUAGUAUGAAUCCCUAUUUCAGCAUCGCAUACUUGUACGACAUUGGGGUCGAUAUCUCGCAGUUCAAUAUCGCCCAGGAAACAUUACAAGGCGGUCCAUAUUUUCGUCCAAUGUCUCAGGAACGUUUGUCUUCCCUCGACAAACGGCCAGAUAUGUAUCAGAUUCCAUUCUGGGAAGACGACCGUUACCCUUCUAACGCCGAUGCCUACAUGGUCCAAACUGCUAUCAAUGAUCAACUUUGUCGUUCGAGAGAUGAUGAUGUCUGA